AUGAGCAAAAUUCAGUCCACAAUCCUUCGAGCAGGAUUCGCCAUAACUCGUUGGCAGGUCCUCCUGUUGCUUGGCAUUUCUCUCUUAUUUCCAUCCUCCGCAUCAGCAGCGUCUGCCAAAAGGAAAAUGGCAUAUGAAAGUAAUCGCAAUUUGUGUGCUGGACAACCCAUUAUUACACGCAAACAUGAAUCAGCCCUCCAAUGGAUGUUCCGAAAUGUGGGAGAAUCCCAAAUUCAAUCUCCAAAGACACCUCAGCACGAAGCUGCCUGUUGGAUGCUGCGAUCCAAAAAGAGUUUUUCGGCACAGCGUUUUGUCAUGGCAGUUGUUUAUUACGCUACCAAAGGUGUGCAGUGGGAUGACAGCACUGAUUGGAUGACGAGCAAACAUGAAUGCAAGUGGUACGGAGUGGAAUGCAACAUGUUUGGCACGAUCGUCAAUUUGGAUUUGGGAUAUAUCUUGGUGGAUGGAUUGGUUCCUAGGGAGAUUGGUCUGUUACCAGGACUAAAAGAUUUGGACUUGCACGGUAACGAACUCCAGGGUGUCAUUCCACAUCGUCUCUUGGUGGGCCUGAAGAAUCUCGAGUACUUUCGAAUUCAAAUGAACGGCAUGUUUGGAGCCAUUCACAAGGAGAUUACCAAUAUGAAGCAACUCAAAGAACUCUAUCUCUAUGGUAACUACCUCUCUGGAACGAUCCCAAAAGAGCUUUCGGAACUAAAGAAAUUGGAACGAAUUGAUCUCUACGCGAACCAGCUAGCAGGGACGAUUCCAAAAGAGCUAGCAAAACUUCCGAAAUUGAAAUACUUGGACUUGCACGACAACAACUUUGUUGGAACCAUGCCCAAGGAAAUUUGUGAAAAGAAAUUAGACAUGCUGGUGGCAGAUUGUCAUGGGCCAAAGCCUGAAGUCAAGUGCGAUUGUUGCCACAUUUGCUGCCAAGGAUUGCCAGAAAUGAUUUGUGUGGAUAAGAAGACUGGCUUACUGGUGGAUUAUCCAAUUUAA